UAUUUUGAACCCCUUUUGAAGAUCUUCUCAGUCUGCAGCACUUGCAUGGGGAUAAACCAUCGGUUCACAGAUUAAACCAAGUGCACUCCGUUUCAGAACACUGUCAUCUUAAAUGCUUCUCAGCCUCUUCCUCUGCAAAUGGCUUGCUGUCUGAAGGACGAGCUCCUCUGUUCCAUCUGCCUCAGCAUCUAUCAGGACCCUGUCAGCUUUGGCUGCGAGCACUACUUCUGCAGGAAGUGCAUCACGGAGCACUGGAGCAGGCAGGAGCCACACGGGACGCGGGACUGCCCAGAGUGCCGCAGGACCUUCGCUGAUCCUCUCUUGUCUCCAAGCCUCAAGCUGUCCAACAUUGUGGAGCGGUACUCGGCCUUCCCGCUAGACGCCAUCCUGAAUGCGCAGAGGAGCUCCUAUCCCUGCAAGGACCACGAGAAAGUCAAGCUCUUCUGCCUAACGGACAAAAGCCUGGUUUGCUUCUUCUGUGAUGAGCCAGCGCUGCAUGAGCAGCACCAGGUUACCACCAUUGACGAGGCGUUCGAGGAGAUUCAGAGAGAGAUGAAGGACCAGCUGGCUUCGCUGCAGGACAGUGAGAAGGGACACACCGAGGCCCUCCAUCUCCUACAGAGACAGCUUACAGAGACCAAGUCUUCAGCCAAAAGUCUUCGUGCAACAAUCGGUGACGCAUUUGAGCGGCUUCACCGUUUCCUCAGAGAGCGCCAGAAGAGCAUGCUGGAGGAGCUGGAGAUGGACACGGCCCGUAAGCUGACUGACAUCGAGCACAAGAUCCAGUGCUACAGCCAGCAGCUGCGCGACGUCAAGGAGGGCAUCCAGAUCCUGCAGGAGCGCCUCAGUGAGACGGGCCGCCAUGACUUCCUGGAGGGGGUGUCCAUCACAUCAGAGAGGGUUAAAGGGAAGAUACAUGAGACCAAUCUGACAUAUGAGGACUUCCCAACUUCCAAGUACAUGGGGCCCCUACAGUACACUAUAUGGAAAUCACUCUUCCAGGACAUUUCACCAGUGCCUGCAGCCUUGACCCUUGACCCCAUCACGGCUCACCAAAGACUGAUCCUCUCAGACGACUGCACCAUCGUGGCCUAUGGGAACCUCCACCCACAGCCUCUGCAGGACUCCAUCAGGCGCUUCGAUGUGGAGGUGUCCGUCCUGGGAGCCGAGGGCUUCAUGUCGGGCGUCCAUUACUGGGAGGUGAUGGUGUCCGAGAAGACGCAGUGGAUGAUCGGCGUCGCCAACGAGACCGUGAGCUGCAAGGGCAGCAUCCAGAUCCAGCCGAGUCGUGGCUUCUAUUGCAUCGUCAUGCACGACGGCAACCAGUACAGCGCCUGCACUGAGCCCUGGACCCGCCUUAAUGUCAAGAGCAAGCUGGAGAAGGUGGGGGUGUUCCUGGAUUACCCCAAAGGCCUGCUGAUCUUCUACAACGCGGACGACAUGUCCUGGCUCUACACAUACCGGGAGAAAUUCACCUCCAAGGUCUUUCCUUAUUUCAGCCCCGGCCAGAGCCAUGCUAACGGGAAGAACGUGCAGCCGCUGCGGAUCAACACGGUGCGCCUUUAAUAGCAACUCGCAGUUGUUGUAGACGACCAAAUGAUAAAUAAAUUAUAGGAGACAGGAAAAAAAAGGAUAUAUUUAAAAAUGUUUAAUCGGGUGUUUAAAUAGUUCCCUUGAGUUCUGUCAAGAGUCAUGCUUACACUACUCUAAGAAAUGUUUAUUUUUAAAAAACCGUAAAGUCAUCGUUUGCACUUGGACCUCAUUUAGCAUCUUUUUAGUAACUGAUGACACUUCAAGAGACAAAGAACAUUCCUCUUUGAUUACUUGUCCGAGGCUCACCCUGCACACUCCCAGGUGGCCCCGCUCUCACUGCAAACUCAUAUCUAACCUGUCACCUGUUUGUCUGCAAACAAGUGCACAGUGAAGUUCUACAACUGGCUUCACUUCCUGUGCAGGAUGUGAUUGACACCACUCCUGUCAGCUUUUGUUCCUCUAUUUUUUCCAGACUGGUUCUCUAAUGUCAAGUGUGUUGGUGUCAUGGGGUUAUUACUGUUUUAUAAUCACGUUUAUAAGUUAAUAUGUUGAUUUUGGCUUAAAAGAGCCUUACUUAAAAAAAAAAAUGGCAUCAAUUUAUGUCUUAGACCUAUAAGUUUCUUUCUCUGGUCACUUUCUGUACAGUCUGUCUUUGUGAAGAAAACCUGUGUGUUCUGUCCACUUUAUUUCUAAAUACUUCAGUGAGUGAAAUAGCUCUUGGAGCAGUGCCUUGCAAAAGUAUUCGCACUUAUACAUUUUUCAUAUUUUCAACACAAUGUAAACACAGACUUAUAGAGGGAAUAAAUGAUAUAUGGUUAAUGAAAUUCCUUUUAAAUAAAAAUCUGAAAAGGGUGGUAUGCAUUUACAGGGGGGCCUUCCAAGUCAGUUAAUUUGUGAGUUCUUUGCAAAAUGGGUCAAACUUAUUAUAUGUAUCAGAUUAUAGGUAUCAGAUUAAAUGGGGCUAAAUACAAAUGUAUGCUGCAAUUCCCUGAUUUUAGAUGUGAAAGCUUUCAGUCUACUGCCAGAUCACUAUAUUCACCACUUUCUUUAGUUAUAUCAAUAAAACAUAGUGGCAGUUACUUUAUUUGAGGGAUGUGAAUACUUUUGUAAGGCUCCGCGUUCUGUUUGUGCAUUUAAAGGUUAGGUCAUUGUUUGGGAGUAUGCUGCUGUUGGUGGACCAAGGACCUUUUAGUUUUGUAUAUAAGGUAUAAAUGUGGAAAAAAGGAAUAAUCCUCCAGUGGAGCUGGUUCGUAUUUAAGUUCCUCUUUCUUAACACCGUCCACUCGUCUUUGUUUCUUCAUCUUGUCUUCAUAUAAAAUGAAUAUUAAAUUAAGUAAAUGUUGAAUCUUGUCGUCUUUAGAUGUGAGAAAACUACAGAGAACAGAUGUUCUCUUACUUUAAUUUGACUCGUGAAUUAAGAUUGAGGAUAAGUGGAAGGUUGUGCACUGUUGCAUAAUAAGAAUCCAAAAUAAUUCCUGCGAUGCUCGGCCGUGUCCCUCUGUGUCCAACAUGCCUCAAGUGCUCUUGUAUCAUCAUUAGUCACACAAAAGUCCUGCUGAAAGAGUCUCUCAGCAAAGCCAGACUACUGAGAGGAGUGUUUGGGAUCAUGUUGUGGGGGCUUGGAUCCAUUUCUGCCACCUGGCACAUCUGUGGUCUCAAAUCCAACUUGGCUAGUGGUUAAUGAAGCUGAAAACCCAUAAAAUGGCCAAAAAGUCUUAAUAAUUUAAUGAAAUACUUUAAGAAAAGUUUGAUCUGAAUUGACAUAUAGGAUGAAAACAAAAGCAACAGCCUUUCCUUUGCCACUGUACCCUUUUUUUUUUUUUUUUUUGCAUUUGUGCGUGUGAUGUCUUUGUCCGUUAAGUGAAAUGUGGGCAGUGCCCUCUAUUUGAUAGGAAAGGAUUCAGGUAUGUGGCGUAGGAUGCAAACCAAACUGCGAGUCAGUGGCUGCUUUAACACGCACAGAUCUGCAGGAGCCUGCAAAGAUUCAGAAGUUAUGAGUCAUUAUGCAGAGCACCAGCUGGAUCUGCUCAACACCUAAAGAAGCCCACUUUCAAGGUUCAUUUUCUAAGGUUUUAUGGUAAAGAUCCAGACAGUAUGGAUAGUUUUCACUUAUCUCCUCUGAUCUGUUGGUCUAAAGUCAUCUUUUAAAAGUGAAUCUCGACAUGCAGAAUAUUUGACUCCAGUUUGCUGUUCUUCUUUCAGAUGGAAUAUAAUGAGUAAUGUGAGGCGGUGUUGGGAUAUUAUAUAUUCUGCUUAUAACUAUGACACUUUAUAUGGAUAUUAUGAAGAUUGUGUCUUUAGACGAUGGCCUCCACACACCUAUCAUUGUGUAAAAAAACUCCAACAAGCUUUUGCUGCUGGAGGAUUGUGGGAAAUGUUUUAAUGUACAAUAAACUGCUGUUAAAACCUCA